AGUGAGUUUUCUUUUUCAUAUUUUAAUUCGAUUUCUUUAGAACUUUUUUCCAUCUAUGUUCCGAACUCUAGUGAUUACAUUUUUUAUUUUCAAAAAAAAAAAAAAAACUCUAGUGAUAAAGGGUAAGAGAGAGGAGAAGAAAGAAAAGAUUCUCCACUUUCUCAUUGAGAAAGAAAAAUUUUAGCUACCAGGAAAGUUCAUGCUUUUGUCCUCAUCUCUCGUCAUGCUAAGCUUGCAGGCAGUAGACGUUUUCUUUUCAAUUUCUAACUCUUUUCUCAUACUCCGGAGAUCUUAUAUGUGUAUAUAUAUAGCUGUAUACCCAAGUAUAGAAACUGUAAUCUCUUUCCUUUACUAAGACAAAAUGGGUCGUCGAUGUCACCCUCUUCAUGAUGUUUUGUUUCUCACUUAUACUUUCUUUUUAGUACUCACUAACGCUAAUACAACCAUCGGAAAUAAGCAAUCAUACAUUAUUAGAGUCCAAAAUGACUUGAAACCUUCUGUUUUUUCUGAUGUUGAACACUGGUAUAGUUCCACCCUCAGAAGCCUAAGUAGGAAUAUUCCUCUUAAAUCCGACACUACUACUGAUGUUGAUCAAGAGGAGUUCCUUCAUGUGUACAGAACUGUUUUCCAUGGCUUCUCCACAAGACUCACUGCAGACGAGGCCCAAGAACUGGAAAGUCGCCAUGGCGUUCUCUCAGUUUUACCCGACCUGCUUCGCCAACUUCAUACCACUCGUUCACCUCACUUUCUGGGGUUGGAUUUAUUAUCAGCUUCUCCGACGUCUAAUCUUGUAACUGAGUCUGAUUUUGGUUCUAAUGUUGUAAUCGGUGUGCUCGAUACGGGUAUAUGGCCAGAACAUCCAAGUUUUCAUGAUCAAGGCAUGGGACCAAUUCCAUCCUUUUGGAAAGGAGAGUGUACCCAAGGGCAAAAUUUUACAAAAGCUAACUGUAACAAAAAGAUUAUCGGAGCCCGAUACUUUACAUCUGGCUACGUUGCAAAAAUGGGGAGGAUAAAUUCCUCUACUGACAUAGAGUCCCCCAGAGAUACUGAUGGGCAUGGAACGCACACAGCGUCCACUGCAGCUGGCAGAGCCGUCGGGGAUGCUUCUUUACUAGGAUUUGCUAAAGGGGUUGCUGUCGGUAUAGCACCCAAGGCUCGUGUUGCUGCCUACAAAGUUUGCUGGAAAAGAGGUUGCAUGGAUUCUGACAUCUUAGCGGGAUUUGAUAAAGCUGUGGAUGAUGGUGUCAAUGUCAUCUCAGUCUCCGUAGGUGGUAGUGCUGUUCCUUACAAUCUCGAUCCCAUAGCGAUAGGAUCUUUUGGAGCAAUGGAGAAAGGCGUUUUUAUCUCUGCAUCAGCAGGCAACGAAGGUCCAAGAUCAAUGACGGUGACGAAUGUAGCUCCAUGGAUUACAACUGUGGGAGCUAGCACAAUUGAUAGAAAGUUUCCUGCUGAUCUUGUCCUUGGAAAUGGAAAGAGAAUCACUGGCGCGUCGUUAUAUAGAGGUGAUCCUUUACAUGACAAUUUUCAUCAUUUACCCUUAGUAUAUGGUGGAAAUUCUUCAGUGGGUUUAAGAAAUGGUGCUAGGCAUUCUAGUAGCUUCUCUGCAGCAACAUGCAUGCCGGAUUCUCUAGAUAAAGAAAGUGUGCAUGGGAAGAUUGUAGUCUGUGAUCGCGGGGGCACUCCAAGAGUGUCGAAAGGAGAGAUCGUGAAGGAUGCCGGUGGUGUUGGAGUCGUUGUAACAAAUGUAGCCCCAAUGGGAGAAGGCCUAAUUGCAGAUGCACACUUGAUCCCUGGUCUCGAUGUGACCGAGUCGGCCGGUAUCCUCAUUCAUGACUACAUUAACUCCAACGACAAUCCAACAGCCACUAUGACUUUCUACGAAACUCGAGUUGGGGUAAAACCGGCCCCUGUAGUUGCAUCUUUCUCGUCAAGAGGACCUAGCGCUGAGUCAUUUUUUGUUCUCAAGCCGGAUGUGAUUGCACCUGGAGUGAAUAUCUUAGCUGCUUGGCCGGAUGGCGUGGCACCUACUGAGCUAUCAUCUGAUACGCGCCGUACACAAUUCAAUAUUGCUUCGGGAACAUCUAUGUCUUGUCCACAUAUAUCCGGUUUAGCAGCUUUACUCAAAGGAGCUCACCCGUACUGGUCACCAGCAAUGAUCCGCUCAGCUCUCAUGACAACAGCAUACACCCAAGAUCAAGAAGGCAAUCCAUUACUGGAUGAAAAAUCCAAUAACAUUUCAACGACGUUAGAUAUGGGUGCGGGACACGUAGAUCCAGAAAAGGCUGUUGAGCCUGGGUUGGUAUAUGAUAUAACAGUUGAUGAUUAUUUGAACUUUUUAUGUGCGUCUAAUUAUAGUGGUAAGGAUAUUAGACAGAUUUCUAAGAAACAAGGGAGGUGCGUAGAGAAGCAUGAUCAUAAACCGUGGAAUUUGAAUUAUCCGGCAAUUUCAGUAGUUAUUGAUUCGGCGCAACUGCAGGAAGCACCAAAAGUCCAAGUGACAAGGAUUGUGACACAUGUUGGUGAGGCACCAUCGACCUACACAGUGUCGGUGACAAAUCCUAAAAGUACGAUUAUAACGGUAACUCCAACCAGUAUGAAAUUUAGCGAAAGGGGUCAAAAACAAAGUUAUAUGGUCCAAAUUAAGGCUGAGAAAUUGGCGGUGAAAACUUUAAACUCUGUGGUAGAAGUUGGAAAGUUAACUUGGUCAAAUGGGAAACACCAUGUGGUUUCCCCUCUUCUUGUUGUUUGGAAACAAGGGUUGUGAAAUGAUAUGAAUUGCAUCGAUUAUCUAUAAAAACUAGCCAGCUUACGCCCGGCUUAAAAAUUUUAUUUA